UGAAAUUUGUUUUUAUACACCAGUCAAAAUAGUACUGCUUACCUUUUUACUACUACGAAUACGAAUGAGCCCGAAGUUUUUAGUUAUACUUAUUUAAAAGAAAUACCAAGCCUAAUUGCCAUUUACUUUGUACAAAUGAAGAAAAAAAUUGUUUUUAUCACAAGGUUUACUUCAACACAUGUGUCAAAUGACUUUUCAUCGUUUCCGGUUUGCCUUUGUAAUUAUUUCUACAUAAUAAUCGUCCUUAUUGUCUUUUUCGUUCCAUAUGGUUUGUGUUUUUCUUAUCUACUUUCUUUUUAGUGCCUUGUGAGCAGGUUGUUACACCCGAAGUGUCGAUUUAUGAUGAAACACCAGAUGCACAUACUGGCAGAGUUGUUUAUCUUGAGAAUAAAACUGUUUUAAUAAAUGGUUUAGUAGGAGAAAAAGUUAUUAUACAAUGUAAUGUUUUUAAUAUGCCUCGUGGAGCUAGGAUAUUUUGGCGGAGAGACAGUUUAUCGGGGGAUGAAGUUUCAGAAGUAAUAAAUGAUGGUCUCAUGUCCCGUGAUAUGUCUAGGUGGGAAAUCGGUCAAGGAAAGCAGCAAGAUUCUGUUCGUUUAGAAAUCAUGUCUUUGGACAAAUCAUAUGAAGGUAAAUAUACGUGUGAAUGUCAAUACACUGGGUCUGUGGAACCAGCAAGAGUUCAUAGAAUUCUACGCGUGUUUGCAAAACCAAACAUCGUCCGACAUAUGUCAUCUUACGAUACAGACGCAGAUUCUGGCGAUCCAGUUUCAUUGCACUGUAAUGCAGAUGGUAUCCCACCACCGUUUAUCUAUUGGAGACGUACAGCUGGAGCAAGUAGUAUAAUACGCAAUUUUGGUGCUGUGAAAAGUGGAAAUGUAAUCAAAUUUGAUCAAGUCGAAGCUGAUGAUGCUGGUGAGUAUAUGUGCUAUGCUGAGAAUUCCAUGGGUCGAGCACUGUGGCGCGUUCGAUUGCAAGUUAGGCAUGCACCAAUUGUUCGAAUAUUCCCUGUUGAACCAUUUCAAAAAUCUGGUUGUAAUCUACGACUAAUAUGUGUAAUUGAUGCUAAUCCUCCAGUAGAACAACAUGCUUGUCAAUGGAUAUCAAAUCGAACAGGCACUAUUACUUCCGGAUCUGUUGGAACAAGAUUAACCUAUUUAAAUGCUGGAUUAAUUCGUGAUCUCGUUCUUGAUUUGACACCAAUAAAAAAACUAGAUUUUGGUGAUCUUUACACAUGUACUGCAUCGAAUAGUUUAGGUACAGUUAGUGCUACCACAAUGAUUACAGAAUCCUUCACUGAAGUACUACUUAUCAAUGGUAGAUAUGCUUGUAAUCAUGCUGUUAAUUGGAUUCAUAUGAAUGCAUAUUUAUUUAUAAGUAUUCAUUGUUUCAAUCUUCUAUUAAUAAAUGAAUUAUUUUAAAAGAAAAAGAAAGUGAAUGUUAAUUUAUAUUUUUUUCCACUCCUCCUAACCCUACUACUUACUACUUCUAAUACUACUACUACCACUACUACUACUACUACUACUACUACUACUACUACUACUACUAAUACUACUAUUACUAUUUUAUAUGGCAUUGAUUAUAACAUUGAUUAAUUGAAUAGUAAGUAGUAUCAUGAAGUGUAAGUGAAUUUUGUCUACUACUUAAUUGACCAUGAUUUUUUUGUAUGUUCGAAUAACUGUACUAAGUUUUUUCCUACUGUUAUUCUUGUUGUCGAGGUUUUCUUUUUUUUUUUUUGUAAAUUUUACGUAUUUAUGAAUUUCACGAGAAAUAUUACAUAACUCUGUAUAGGAUUUUUAUAUUUGUGAUCAAUAUUCUUGUGUGUGCGUGUGUGCAUGUGUAUGUGUAUGUGUGUGUGUGUGAAUAUGUUUUCACCAAACGUUUACAUUUAAUUGAUUCGUAAAUAUCUCUAAGCAAACUUUUAACUUGUCCUUAAUUUAAUAGCUAACCUAGAAAAAACAAACAAACAAACUUGAAUUGAAAGAGUUUAAGUACUUCACUCUUUUCAAUCAAUCAAUAUCAUCUCUUAUUUCAUCAUUCAUAUAUCAAGAUAAUAGUAAUAUGAAUGAUAGUUUACAGGAGUAUUCAGUACUGAAAGUUUAAUUCUAAUGAAAAGAUUCUCAAUACAAAAUGUACGGAAUUGUGAUACAAAUGGUUACACUUUUAGAAGUAUUUACCAUGUGAAUAGAAAUUGAUUUAUUUA